AUGCGUUGGUUGCCGGCGCAAUUGCGAGGAUGUGGGACUGGGAGAAGGGACCACAUUGCUGCCGUUGUAGCUCGAACCUUUUUUUUACAGCGCUGCCAUGCGUCAUCGACGGCGUCGACUUUUGGGGCGCGUGACGGAGAGGGGCUUAACAACCGGGACACGGGGAAGCCUCGCCGCAGCAGUCGGGGCGGGACGAGCAGCCACAGGCCAAAGUUUGCGAGGAGAGGCGGUGGAGAAGGUCAGCAACUGGGCGAGAGCAAGAAGGAAGAGGAGGGAGCCUCAGCCACUACCAUCCAGGGCGGCAACAACAGCAGUGGGGGCUUUUCCCUUGGCAACGGCAUGGAGGUGCAGCAGCCGGCGCUCUCACCUUUUGUUGAAGAAGAUAAAAUAGGGGUAAAUGACGUGUUUUGUGGAAGAAAUGAGGCGCGGGCCUUCAAUGAGGACGCCUUGGUCUCUGCAAUUGAAGGGAUGCAUCAAACUCUAGCGUCGACGUCGCCUCCUUUUUUUCGGGGGGCUCCCGUCGUGGGUGCCUCCAGUUGUGGUAUGACGAGCAACGCGAAACUUGCAAAGGCACUUCAAAGGUGGCCGGAGGUGCUCCACCGUCUUCGGGCAAUCGCCUUGCCGCUCUUGUUGAAGGCCUCCGACACAACUCCGCCGUCUGUGUCUUCCGUGGCGGAGGCAUGCCAAGCUCUCACUGAAGCGCUUAUUGUUGUAGAUGAUGUCUCAAGGACGACAGGCAUGCGUGCAGAGCGCAUGUUUCCUGCCACUCUAGUUGUGGCACUGUGGAGCUGUCUUCCAAGGUUUUAUUUGCAAGCACAGCAUUUCUCCAGAGCACCCCAUGCCCAUGGGUCUUUAGCACCCGCGCUGGCUGAGGGUUUGCCGUCUUUCUGGUGGGAAUUCAAAAAUGCCAGACGGGCGCUUGCGCUGCGCACUCGCGAGUUAAAUGAUUUGUUAUUGCCGUCCGAUCUUGUGCGGGUGUUGGUGUGCAUGGAGCAAUGUGGAGCACUUUCCGAUGAUAUUAUUGGCCCGAUAGGGACGCAGCUGCUCCGGCGACACAAAACUUCUGCAGCUCCGCUUAAUGGUCCGCAGCAUGUCGCCACAAAUCACCUUUUAUCUGCACACUUUGUAGCGUCUGUUGUGGACAAGGAAGAAUCACCGUUUCAAGGCGACACUGCGCUUGCUUUUGCCCGUUUGCUUGGACGAGCAUACAUAGUGAAUCACUUUCAGUUGCACCGGCUCAUGCACACCAUUCUCCUACCCCAAGUGGUGGUGGCUCUGCAGGCCAGUGCCCCUGACGAGAUCAUUCUCUUUGAGUUGACGAGGUGCUAUAUCCGCUACGCCGUUUCGGGCAGUGCUGUAUCACAACUCACAGCUUUGUGGAUGCCGCACUUGUCUUGUAUGACACUAGACAAAUGCUCGGAGCUUCUGGGCAUUUUGGGUAAUGGUGGCGUUGGUCGUGUUGCCGUUGUCGCUGAAGAGGAUUAUUUUCCUCUGGUUGAGGCCGUUCUAAAACGGGCGUCUCUGUUGUUUCACCAUGAGCAUCAAAGCCGCUCUACUGGGGUGCCGCCCGCCGCCAAUUUGGUGCCCGGUGCCAUUGCGGAUGUGAGUACGGUGGUGAGUGCUGAUAGUGUGGUGAGGUUCAUUUGUGCUCUUGUGACGGUGAACUCCGUCCAUUGGGGGGAAAUGUACGUUUUGGCAGCAACGGCGUUGGAGCGGUCACUCGAUGGACUUUUCGUUUCCGAUGUGGUUCGCGUUACUAGGGCGCUUUUGCGUCGUAACUCCCACAUACCGUACCACUCCCUUCACUCUCGUUUGGCAAAUCGGCUCCUCAUUGACGAGGCGGCCCUGACGGACGUGAAAAUUGGGGGUCUGUCGUUGCUGGCCGCCGCGCUGAUGUCGUCGCCGUCGUCAACGCCACCUGCAACCUCUGUUUCUUCCAAUAAACAAUUACCGUGUGACAUGCAAACGGCUGUUUUGAAGAGCCCGGGCGGCGCUGAUCUCAUUGGGUUGGAUGGGGCUCGAGCACUUGCCGUGUUCCGACGUCAUGGGAAAAGGCUGGGCUUGCGGAGCUUUGCAGCCGCAAUGUGUGUGGCUCCACUGGCGCAGCUGCCACGUCGUUCUCAGGAAUCUGUCAUCAUGCACUUUACUUCCAUUUCCUCAGCGCUGGAGGUACCAUGGCUUGUGAGGGGGAUGAUGUCGUUGACCUCGCAGAUACCUGAGGCGGUGGAUCCGGUUUCGGUGCAACGUUGGUUUUCACGCUUUACGGCCGUUGAUGUCGCCCGCCAGUUGGACAUGGAACACGCGGCGAUGUUGUUGAGAAUUUUGUCCGACGAUGAAUACAGCCGUGAUUGCGCUUUGGCAAAGGAGAAAAUAGUAAAGCAUACCAGUACACUCUUAUUACAAGAGAGUGUUUCGUUGGAUGCGCUGAUUCCUCUAGUUGUCGCAUUGCAGCGUGCAAAUGUGUUUUUCCCCCACUUGUAUUCUCGUAUUUGUCGCAUUCUUCUUGCAAAUGUGCGCCAAACACCAUGGAGGCUACUUCUCCCUGUCUUUCACGUUGUGGCGGAUGAGUUUACGCGAAGACCACACGGGAAUGGAAGCGUUUUUCGCGAUGUAUGGGAGCAGCUUCGGACGCGUCUCAUGGAAGAGGCGGCAUCGUCGCUAGAGGCAGAGGAUGUUGUUUUGGCUCUUAAUGGGCUUGCGGCACUAGAUGUGAGCGAUCGUCGUGUGUUCUCCGUCCUGCUGCAUCGACUCUGGACGAUUUACCUAAGUGUUUGUGCCCCUACAGGGGCCGAGUACGGUUCUGCGACGGCGGAGACAUCGCCGAAACCGGUGGUAUGGAUGGAUAGCCUCCUUUCUGGCUGCACACCAAGCGCUCUUGCUGUUCUCAUCACCACACUCAUUUAUACAGGCCGUGGGAAAGUCAUUGAUGCGUUUAUGCCUUGGCUGCUGCUUCGCACUCGCCCCGUUGUGAAGGAUCUCUAUCCAAUUGACCUGCUUCAUCUCAUGCCGGCCUUAUUGUCUUGUUUCAUUGCUGCAAGCACAAUGGAUGGGGAUGCCAGCUGUGACCGUACCGCAUGGCUAUGUAGUCCUGUGAACCACACCAUUCUUCACACCACGUACGAUCAGUGCCGUGAGUUGUUUCUUCACAUGUAUGAGGAUGAGGCAACUGCCAAGGAUCCGACGGCAAUAAGGACUCAGCGAGCAGAGUGGACUCCAAAGGUACGUGUGUCGGUGUCAAGGGUGCCGCGAUACCUGUUUGCGGAGCUUCUUGUCGCACUUUGUCAGUGUGGGCUGCGUGACGAGGCCGUGGCCACGGCCUCUGCAUCGCGGGUGACGCGACGGUUGUGUAUGCAAUUACCCGUUGCGGAAUUGGUGGAUUUAACCAUGGCCCUCUGCUUCCACUUCCCGCCCCCACCAACACGGCUGGAAGAAGUCACGGUGAACGAUGAGGGGGGCGUCACGAGGGAUGAGAAGGGGGAACGCUACGAAAAAAAAAGGGAAGGGACGAAUUGCAUUUCUUCUUGCAAAAGUACAGAGGGAAAUGAUGUUGCUGCUGCGACGUCUUCAGCACCAGCCCCACACCAACGCUUUUUAUUACCUGUGCUGACUGCAUUGUGGGACCGGGCGGAGGAGUUGCAGUCCUCCCAUGUUGAUGCAUUGUUACGGUGUCUGCGACAUUAUUACGGUGAAAAGGUUGACGCGGACUUUUUGGAUCGUCUUUUGAAGCACAAGGAGGCGACGCUUGCCGGGGUGCAUGCGAGUCAUCGGCGGCCCCAGGACACCGCAGCGGCUGAGCAGGGACCAGCGAAUUUGGAUGAACCCACGGCGGAGGACCUUUUCGUGUCGUGA